AUGAGUGAGAAGCCAGGGCAAAGUCAAGAGCUGAUCAUGACCAGGAUUGCUUUCAAGGAGUCCAUGAGCUGGGUCCGGGGCUCUGAGAAGGGCUUCUUGCCUCAUGAGCCGGGGCGGCUGUUCUACUCGCAGAUGCCGCGCGGGCUGGACGUUCGCAUCCACGAAAUGCUCCAGCCGAUCUUCUCGCAUAUCAACAGAGACGAUCAUGCUGAACGUAUGGCGCUGCUCCACCUUACGCGCGCCUUUCUGAGACGCAGUGGCUGGCAGGCGAGUGACGAUUGCGCUGGCUGGUUGCGCUUGUACAUAUCGCACUUUCCGUGCAUAUCCUGCGUGGCAGUGAUUUGCCAGUUUGUGCGCUUCUUCCCGGCCAUCAGACUUGAGCUAGACUUCGACAACAUGUGGAAGACGCGCUUCGAGCCUGCCGACCAACUGGGCGCGGAGCGCUUUCUUGCGGAGGGCGGUCUAGCGGGGCGCCGGCAGCGGAUUGAGCAGGGCUUCUAUGAGUGGUAG